AUGUCGGCGUAUUUAUAUAUCGCUCUUGCGCAAGAUGAAAGAAUACGCAAGAGGAAAAACACUGAAUCAAGAAAUAAGAUGAAUGGUGGUGAUUUUUUUAUAACAGCAUCAACCCUAUCAACAAGGUCGUCGAGAUUUGCAGCAUCUUCAGCAAAUUCAAUCAAGUCGGACUCAAGCAAGUCUAAAUUGAGUCGUACAUCAAGUCGAUCAACCACAAGUAGUGGCAACACAACUUCGCUGACCAAGUCAAGCAACUCGUCAAGUACAAUAAAGCGAAAGCAAUCACAACCGGAAGGACAAGAACAACAAGAUAUUUUGAUUCGUGAUGGUAAGAAAUGGGAGUACGAUUCCAAAUUGAAUAAAUAUGUUGCGUUGGAAAGGACACCUUAUCAAACGGCCAAGUUGGGGUAUCUUCAUUGCCUUUCAACUUUAUCAUCCAUGGUUAACCAUGAGUUGAAUUUGCAAAUUAACCAAUCAGUGGUUAAAGAGUUGUCUAAUUUGGAGUUGCUACGGUUCAGUUAUUUUGACAAGUUUGAUUACGAUGGAGAUAAACUAAAUGGUGAGUUCAACACCGCUUCUACUUUGGUCAGUGUGAAAACAGAACCGCACAAAAGCGCCCUUUCAGCCAUUGUCUCAUCUACAAUUUCAUCUACAGUACACGACAGCAACGACGAAACCACAAUUACUGGGGGUAGUGACUCAAUACACAAUAAAUGCCACAGCAACAUGCGUUCACUACUUGCCAGUGAUCAAUUUUGGAAUACUUGUUAUCAGGACUUGAAAUUUGAAAGCAUGGCCGAGGCUAAAGAUGAUUACGACCUCUUACCAUCAAUGAACACAUCAAGAGAAUUUUAUGUCGGAUUUAUCGAUUAUGUCCUCGUCAAUUUACACAUUCUAAGACCAAGUUUGGAUGAGAUUAAUGAUUCAAGAGAGUAUAACCAAUUGGCUAAGCAAUACUAUGUAUAUUUAAAUGACCACAAUUAUGCACUUUUGCACCAGUUACAUUGUCAGUUUGUGGGCAAAGUGGUUAAUGAUAAAUUGAUUCAAACUGUAAUUGCCAAUUUUGAUGCGGUAAAAAGAACUUAUCAAUUGGAUGCAAAUUUGGUUGCAAUUUGGAAACAAUUUCUUCAAUUUAUUGGCCAAUUUAUGAAAAGUUUAUCGCAAACUUCACCACUGAAAAUAGAGCAGCCAAACCCAACAUUUUCCAAAAAAGUAACUACUCCACAACCACGUCCAAUUUCACAACAAUCAAGACAAGCUCUGGUGGGUUCGCAAUCAUCUUCGUCAAUAAUGUCUCAUACAAGCAAACGCGAAGGAUCAGUAUGGACUUUGGAUACAGUAGUCUCUUCAAUUGAAGAAAUUGAGUCGUCGUCGUCAGGCGGUUCUACAAGGUUGCUUUCUUUGGCAAAGUCUCAAAAAAACCAUGAAACAGAGUUGAAAAGCCGAUCUCAAGGCUACAAUGAUGAUGGAGAAGGUAUGAAGGAUGACAUCAAAAAUACAACGAAGAAGAAAAAGUCAUUUUUUGGAAAGAUUACCUGGAGAUAG